CAUAAAAAUUCAUUAAGCUUCGUGUUCUCCAAGCAAAUCAUCAACAUCAUGUCUUUAUCUUCAAGAGCCAUUCUAGUCGUUCUGUGCUUUCUGUUCUUGUCGGCUCCACUCUUUACGUCGGCAACAACAACAACAACAGAUCAAACACUUCAGCCUCGAUGUGAAUCUCACAUCUUCAACAACGGAAAACAUUACCGUUCAUGCAAGGAUCUUCCCGUGUUAGACUCGUUCCUACACUUCAGUUAUGCUCGAGAAACCGGAGUUCUCGAUGUUGCUUACCGCCAUGCCAAUCUUGAGGCUUCUAGUUGGAUCGCUUGGGCCAUAAACCCAACCAAAAAAGGCAUGUUAGGCGCUCAAGCUCUCGUGGCUUUUCGUAACACAACAUGUGGCGUCAUGCGUGCUUAUACUUCAAACAUUAAUAGCUACGCUACUAUGCUUCAAGAGUCUCCUCUUAGCUUUCGUGUAACGCAAGUAUCCGCCGAGUAUCUUGAUGGAGAGAUGACGAUAUUCGCAACUAUGGUGCUGCCUCCUAACACAACCGUAGUGAAUCACUUAUGGCAAGACGGUCCGUUGAAGGAAGGAGAUAGACUUGGGAUGCACGCUAUGAGUGGAGAUCAUCUCAAAUCCAUGUCUACUUUGGAUUUGCUUUCCGGGCAAGUCACUGAGACCAAAUCAUCAGUUAAUGGAAACAUGUUGUUGGUCAAGCGAAUCCAUGGAUUAGUAAACACAGUGAGUUGGGGGAUUCUCAUGCCUAUUGGAGUUAUGGCAGCACGUUACAUGAAGACCUACGAGACAUUAGAUCCCACAUGGUUCUACGUACACGUCGUUUGUCAGCUCACCGGAUACUUAGCCGGUCUUCUCGGAGGUCUUGGAACAGCGAUCUACAUGGCACGGCAUACCGGGAUGAGAAGUACGGCGCAUACCGUGAUAGGGAUUUUAAUAUUCUGUUUAGGGUUCUUGCAGAUACUUGCGCUCAAAGCAAGACCGGGUAAAGACCACAGAUACAGAACAUAUUGGAACUGGUAUCAUCACACGAUGGGAUACGUGGUGGUUGUGCUGAGCGUGUACAACAUAUACAAAGGGUUUGUUAUAUUGCAACCUGGAAGUGGAUGGAAGAUCGCUUACACUGCUAUCAUCUGUGCUAUUGGAGCGUUUGCAAUUGUGAUGGAGAUCUUGCAGUUCAAGAAGAGAUGGGGUAGCUUGUUUGUGAAGAAAUCGGAAGACAUACAAGAAGCUAAUCAAAGUGCUUCUAAGAAGGAGAUUUUGAAGUUUAUGAACAGAUGGGGUGACAAGACACCGGAAGACCUAGAAGCUAAUCAAAGUGCUUCCACUGAAGUGGUCUAGUUUUAUUUUUUUUCCAUGUUGCUGUCUUAGACAACUCGUGUUUGACCAUUCUUUAUAUUCUUGUACGUGUAUACGAUUCAGUUCUGAUCAAUAAAAGUUGUUUAAAGUUGAAUAUUCAAAUAAGAAUUUUCAGGAAUUUAAAUAGACCAAUAAAUUGUUUCCAAGGAGAAAAUUUUCAAUACUGACCAUAACUGAUUGCGCCAGUAACAUUUGAGUGAGGAACGAUUGUGUUGUGAAUAGAUUUGUAUGACUGAUAGAUCAUGAGGCUGCUGAGUAACGGUAACAAACCUUUAAAACCUAAACCCAUAAAAGAAGCUUUAACAUUUUUUUUUACCAGCUUAAAAGAUGUAAACACACUACAAACACAAUCAAAAUCA